AUGGAAGGAGGAAUAGAAAUCGCCAUCGACCGUGGAGGAACGUUCACAGAUGUGGUGUCCUUCAUUCCUGGCAAACCUGACUAUAUUUUCAAAUUAUUGUCUGUGGAUCCCCUGAAUUAUGAAGACGCCAACAUUGAAGGUAUCCGAAGAGUGUUGGAAUACGCUACUGGUGCCCCAAUUCCUAGGAAUCAAUCGUUGGAUAUAUCGCUGGUGAAGUCUUUGAAGCUCGGGACCACAGUGGCAACCAACGCCUUGCUUGAGAGAAAAGGGGAGCGGUGUGUUUUUGUCACCACCAAGGGGUUUAAAGACUCCUUGAUUAUUGGAGACCAAACUAGACCAGAUAUUUUCCAGUUGAACAUUAAGCGGCCUAGUGUGAUUUACGAAAAAGUUGUGGAAGUGAAUGAGCGUGUAACUUUAGAAGAUUAUGUGGAGGGCCCGCAACAAGAAGUCACCAAGGUCGGUAACAAUGACAAAUUAGUGAAAGGAGUGACUGGUGAGACUGUCCGAAUUUUGACUAAACCAAACAUCAAAGAGGUUGAGACAAUGUUAAAAUUGAUUUACAAUCAAGGGAUCAAAUCAAUUGCCAUUUGUUUACUUCAUUCAUAUGCCUUUCCAGUGCAUGAAAUUAUCAUUGGGAAAAUUGCCAGUGAAAUUGGAUUCACUCAUAUUUCCUUAUCUCACGAAUUAUCUCCCAUGAUAAAGUACAUUCCUAGAGCCAAUUCGUCAGUGGUAGAUGCAUAUUUGACUCCCGAAAUCAAAAAGUACUUGGAUAGUUUCAAGGAAGGUUUGAAGGAUGGAAUUCAAUCAUUAGCAGCUGAAAAAUUCACUGGAGUAAAAUGUCAAUUUAUGAAAUCCGAUGGUGGAUUGAUUGAAUCAUCAAAAUUCUCUGGUCUCAAAGCAAUUUUGUCUGGUCCAGCUGGCGGGAUAGUUGGAUUAGCCAAAACAUGUUAUGACACCAAACGAAAGAUUCCAUUGAUUUCAAUUGAUGUUGGCGGUACCUCUACUGAUAUAUCAAGAUUUUCUGGGAAAUUUGACCAAGUCUUAGAGACCACCACCGCUGGAAUCACUAUCCAAUCUCCACAAUUGAAUAUUAAUACCAUCGCUGCAGGCGGUGGCUCAAGAUUAUUCUAUCAAAAUGGAUUAAUGAGAGUGGGGCCUGAAUCUGCUGGGGCGCAUCCAGGACCGGUGUGUUACAAAAAAGGUGGGUUUCUCACGAUAACUGAUGCUAAUUUGAUAUUAAAUCGAUUAAUUCCUGAAUUUUUCCCAAAAAUAUUUGGUUCUGAGGAGAACGAGUCACUUGAUCCCAGUGCUGCUUUGCUUGCUUUUCGGAAACUAACCAGAAAUAUCAAUGAUGAGUCGGGGCAAAAAUUAACAAUUGAGCAAGUUGCUGAGGGAUUCUUGAAUGUGGCCAAUGAAUCAAUGGCAGGGCCAAUUAGAAAUUUAACAGAAUCCAAGGGGCAUUUAUUGACGAGUCACAGACUAGUUUCCUUUGGUGGAGGUGGUGGCCAGUGCUGUUGUUUUGUGGCAUUUGAUACCCUUGGAAUUGAUACUGUACUAAUUCAUAAAUAUUCAUCAGUACUAUCUGCUUAUGGUAUGGCUUUGGCAGAUGUGGUGGAGGAAGUCCAAGAGCCUGCCUCGCUUGUUUUAAAUGAGCUGAACUCAGCAAAGAUUGAAGAAGCCUUCUCAAGGUUAUGUUCUCGUGCCGCCAGUAACUUGAGAGCUCAAGGCAUUGAGAGCGAUAGAAUAGUAUUUGAGAGAUAUUUGAAUAUGAAGUACAAAGGCACUGAAUCUCCACUAAUGACCAGCGCGGAUUCUUUCCAAAUCCAGCACCAUGUCAUUACAUUCACCAACUUACAUUUGGAUCAGUUUGGAUUUAGGUUUGAGGAAAAAGAUAUCAUAAUUGAUGAUAUUCGGGUGCGAGCCAUUGGCAAAUCCUGUGACGUCGCACCAGUAGCUAUUGAUGAUGAAUUGGAAACAUUAAUAGCCUCAAAUAGGAUCAUUCAUCAAGAUACCAUAACCCCGACACUUUUUAGAAAAGUUUACAUUGAUGGAAAGUUUGUGGAGACUCCUGUUUAUAAAUUGGAAGAUCUUGAGAUUGGUACUCAGCUUUUUGGUCCUGCCAUCGUUGUUGAUGGAACUCAGACCAAUGUUAUACCAAUCAAUGCCUAUUUAUUUGUUUUGAGGUCUCUCCUAUUUAUCAAAAGGUUAGAUCAUCAGACGCAAACCACUUCGCUUGAAACCCAAAAUAAUUUUCUGUUACCACCAGACCAAAUACCUAUUGAUCCUGUUUUACUUUCAAUUUUAGGUCAUAGGUUCGUGGACAUUUCUGAACAGAUGGGGCACUCUCUUCAGAAAACAGCCGUCAGCACUAACGUAAAAGAGCGACUAGAUUUUAGUUGUGCCCUCUUUGAUUCGCAAGCUAAUUUGGUUGCUAGUGCGCCCCAUAUUCCAGUACAUUUGGGUAGCAUGAGUACGUUUGUGAGAUAUCAAUCUGCCAAAUGGAAAGGAAAAUUAAAGCCAGGAGAUGUGAUUGUGGGGAACCACCCAAUAUGUGGCACACACUUACCUGAUAUCACUGUUAUGACACCUGUAUUUUAUGGUGAUGGUCAAAUCAUUUUCUACUUGGCCAGUAGGGCUCAUCAUAGUGAUAUAGGCUCAAUAUUGCCGGGAAGCAUGCCACCGAAUAGUAGAGAGCUUUGGCAAGAAGGAGCAAUCAUCCACUCAGAAUUGUUAAUCAGGGAUGGCAUAUUCCAGACACAAAGAAUGAUAGAAUUGUUAUUUAAUGAGCCUGGGAAAUAUCCUGGAUGCUCAGGGACAAGAAAGUUGAGUGAUAAUUUGAGCGAUUUAAAAGCCCAAGCAGCUGCUAAUCAAAAAGGCUGGAGAUUAUUGACACAGUUGGUUAAAGAUUUUGGAUUGAAUGUGGUGUUGGCGUACAUGGAAGCUAUUCAAUCUAACUCCGCAGCCACGGUGCGCAGAUUGUUGAAGAGAAUUACUGCCACCACGACUUCCCCUCUGAAUACUAAGCCUAAUAUUCUACAAUCAGAAGAUUUUAUGGAUGAUGGAUCUUCUAUAAAACUCAAGAUCACUAUUGAUGCUAAUUCCAAUAGUGCCACCCUAGAUUUCACUGGCACCAGUCCUGAAAUGUACAGUAACAUGAAUGCUCCUAAGGCUAUCACUUACUCCGCUAUCAUAUAUUGCCUUCGAUGUUUGGUGGAUGAAGAUAUUCCCCUCAAUGAAGGGUUUCUUAGGCCAUUUGAUAUAAUUAUUCCGGAUGACUGCUUCUUAUCUCCAUCUGAAGGAGCGGCGGUAGUGGCCGGUAAUGUGUUGACAUCUCAAAGGAUUACUGAUGUUAUCUUCAAAGCUUUUGGUACUAUGGCGGAUUCUCAAGGCUGUACGAACAAUUUUACCUUUGGUAUUGGUGGGCAAGAUAGUGAUGGUAAGCAUAGCAAUGGAUUUGGAUAUUAUGAAACAAUUGCUGGCGGGCAUGGAGCAGGAAAGUUUUGGAAUGGGGUCGAUGCAGUACAUACCAAUAUGACUAAUACAAAGAUGACGGAUGUCGAAGUGCUUGAAAAACGUUAUCCUGUGAUUCUCAGGGAGUUCAGUAUUCGGAAAGAGUCAGGAGGAAAAGGACAGUAUUGUGGUGGUAAUGGGGCAAUUCGUGACAUGGAGUUCCGAAUUCCAUUGAUAGCGUCAAUUCUCAGUGAGAGACGAGUAAUUAGCCCUCAUGGUAUCAAUGGUGGUGAAUAUGGAUCCAGAGGGAUAAAUUUAUGGAGAAGACAAAUCUUUAAAGAUGGUGAAUUGAAAGCAUUGAGAGUAGUCAAUAUCGGUGGAAAGAAUAGUGUACUGGUGAAUGCUGGAGAUAGAAUUAUUCUCAUGACUCCUGGGGGUGGGGGGUAUGGUAGAAAAAGCAAUAAUGUAUUGGGAAGACCAUAA